UAUUUUCAGAUAAUGGCGGAAGCUGCAGCCCAAACCGUGUUGGACAAGAUCAGCCAGGGGCAUCUAGAAUGUCCGAUCUGUUGCUGUCGAUUCAAGGAUCCCAAGAUACUUGACUGUCUGCACAGCUUCUGCCUGAACUGUCUGGAAGAGAUGAUCAGCAAACAGAAGUCAGAGGCAGAGAAGAUAACAUGUCCAGUCUGCAGGAGAGAGACGCAAGUUCCUGAUGGAGGAUUGAAGGGUCUUUCUAACUCUUUCGUUUUAAGGUCUCUCGUUGAUGAAUUUAACCAGCACGAACAGGUGCUUGGCGAGGCAUCUGGACCUUCUCAAAGAUGCGAAGAAUGUGAAGAAGGUUUCGAGGCUAUAUCGAGAUGCCUCGAUUGCAAGGCGAACAUCUGCAAGAAAUGCAAAGAGGCACACCAACAUCUUAAAUACACCAAACACCAUCGCAUCGUUCCAAUGCAGGAUCUUGUCAAAUCGAGGAGUAUACCGACGAAUGUGACCAAGACCGUCACACCAACAUGUCGGGAGCACAUUGAACAGCCGUUGUGUUUUCACUGUGAAACCUGUAAUCAAUUGAUUUGCGCAAUGUGUGCUGCAACCGAGCACCGGUCAUCAGAUCACAAGUACACAACAAUCUCUGACGCCAUGGAAUCAUUCCGUGAGAGUGUCAACGGCAUAUUGCAAAAGUUUAAGAAAAUCAAAGAGCAGUUUGAAUCGAACGCAGACUCGAUCAAACAUGCACGAGAUAGAUUACAAAGGAAACUGGCUCAGGGUCGUUGUGAUAUUUCUUUAAAAGCGGAGGCAGAAAUUGCAAAAAUCAGAAGCAAAGCAAAGUUUUUCACCGAAAAGUUUGACGAAAUAGGUCAGGAGAGAGACAGAGAGUACGAAAAGGCGCUCAUGCACAACUGUGACCAGGUGGAACGCGCAGAUCAGAUUGUCACGGCAGUAAAUGACUUGAUGAGACAAGCCGAUGAUUUCGAGCUUUUGGAGCUCAAGCCGAAGGUGAUGCACAACUUGGAAUUCCAGAAGGAGCUCAAGUGUGAACCGGCAAAGCUGGACAUGGCGUUCAUCGGAGUUAAAUGUCAAGAUAUCGUCAGUGACUCGGAUCUGGGGGAAAUAUUGCUUGAAGAGAAAUGGCGGUUGAAGGAAGACUUCGGCAAGAAAGGCACUGGUGACGGGGAAUUUCAGUUUGCAAGGGGCGUCACAUGUUUCAGCAACGGUGACAUCGUAGUAUGUGACACAGUCUUGAAACAGGUAUCGUUGUUUACCUCCACUGGGCAGUUCAAAACAUCGAUUGCCCAAGGAGCCGAAUGUCAUGCAUUGGAAGAUCCUUGGAGCGUGGCAGUGAACUGUGAUGAUCUGCUUUUUGCCACGGACGAAGAUAAAGUGAAGGUUUUCAAUGACGAGAUACAGUUUGUUCGUGAGUUUGCACCUUCGGGUGACGAUGCAGAGGGGCUAUCAGAGAGUGAUCUCCGUUGUAUAGCCGUGGACAAGCAACGAGUAGCAGUGGCUGACUUUGGGAGAAAAGUCAUCAGUGUCCACAACCUGGAUGGAUCGUUGAUUGCAAGCACGUCAAACAUCAUGGUUCGGUAUUACAUAGCAAUGAGCAACAAAGAGCAGUUAACUUUCACAAACUACGUAGAGAAGAGGUUGCUGUGCGUUGACUUUAAGGGUAAUGAGGUGUUCAAAGUGAUGCCAUUAUUGAAAGGGAAACCAGGGAGACCGACUGGUGUCCUGUGCGAUGAUGAUGGGAGCAUCUAUGUCGCCGUUCACUCUGAGUCUGGUGAGUUCGGAGACGGUGAAGUGCAACAUUACGACUCGAAUGGUGCAUUCAUCGCAACAGUUGUUCAAGGGUUGUACAAUCCUUCUGAAAUGGCAUUUACCCCCGCUGGUGACGUCGUUGUCGCAGACAGCCACUCUGUCAAGAUCUUUAAGAGGAUGUAAUCGGCUUCGGCAAUCAUGCCCCCUCUGGUAGCCUGAAAUCCACAAAGAUGCAGGGGUGUAG